AUGUCCGACCCUCCUAUCCUGAUCAUUGGCGCGGGGAUCAGCGGCCUCAUCCUCGCUCAGUACCUGCGACGGCAUAAUGUACCAUUCAAGAUCUUCGAGCGGGACCUCGCGAUAGACGCUCGCAGCGGCGGAUGGGGCCUAACGCUGCAUUGGUCACUUCCUGCUCUGCGUGAGCUGUUACCCGAACACCUUGUCGAGCGCUUCCCGGAGACAUUUGUUAAUAAGCAGGCUUCGGCACGGGGCGACGUAGGUCGCUUUCAGUUCUUCAACCUCAAGUCUGGAGAUGCUCUGUACAGUGUCCCCGCUGCUGAACGCAUUCGCGUUAGCCGGGUUCGUCUGCGACAGUUACUGACUGAGGGGUUGGAUAUUCAAUGGAACAAAAAUCUUCGAGACGUGGAGUCAUCUGCCGACACAAUCACUGCGCACUUUGAAGAUGACACAUCCUUCACCGGGAAACUACUGGUCGCAUGCGAUGGUGCACGGUCGCGUACGCGCGAGAUUCUCUACCCAGGCGUGCAGAUGAACCAGUUACCAAUACAGCUCCUGGGGGUAUCAACACUGUACAGUGCCGAGGAGUUGGACGGUGCGGAAUCAAUCGACCCUUUCAUCUUCCAGGGAUCGCAUCCAGACACCAACGUGUUUCUCUUCUUCAGUUUUCUAGACACCCCGAGCAACUUCGAAAAUAGUAGCAAGGACCGCUAUCACUGUCAAAUCAUCAUCUCCUGGGCUGAUUCGAAGGGUAUCGCCGUUCCUAACUCGAACGCUGAGCGGAUUGCGUUGAUGCAACAGCUGACUGAGAAUUGGUCCGAACCAUUCCGCUCGCUAUUACACAAGCUCCCGAAAGACGCGGAAGUGCGGUCAAUUCGUAUUGAGGAUUGGAUGUUCCGCCUCGGCAGGAAACAUGCGCAUCCCCGGGCCGUGCUGGUGGGAGAUUCGGCACACACCAUGACUAUGUUCCGUGGGGAAGGCGCCAACAACGCAAUCGUCGACGUGUUGGAUUUGGUUAAGCAUGUUGAUAUGCAGCAGCCAAGAUCUUUUGAAUCCGUCAACUUGUCAUCUUCUCUCACCGCAUACGAGAAGGAUGUCUUCGCCCGCGCCGAGCCAAGCUUUCUGAACUCAAGACAGGCAUGUUAUGAUGCACAUGACUUUUCGAAGAUUGAAGGAAGCCCGCUUGUGGCACCACGCGAUUUGAAAUAA